AUGGCAAGCGAUACUAACACCUCUUCCUGGAAAACAACCGUUAUAAUCAGUACCUCACCUCAGUGUGAUGAACCCUCACAGAUACUUUUAACGCAGCAGCACAGGAUUCGUCGCUCGGACAGCAUUCUGUCCUCUUCUUUUGUUUUCCCCUUGUCAGGUACGGCUUUCUUGCUAGUCACACUGGAGGAGUUUUCGGCUAAGCUUGAGAAUACAGAACUUUUUGAGAGGAUUGAGAAGUUUGUGCACGUCCAUAGAAACAGUUUUCUUCUGCUUCGAGCCCCAGUCUAUGGAAAAAGAGAGUGGGACAUUUUCUCAUCAGUGCAGAACAGAUUCCUUGGCUGUAACCUCAGAGUCAUACCUGUGCACAGUACAGCUGAUGUAGUGAAGGGAAUGCUGAUCAUCGCUAAGGCCACAAGUAAACCCAAUGUGGAGAAUUUGAGAGAUCAGAUGUCUUUGGCUUGUGCUCAAAUCAUUGAUCAUAGCCCAGUUUGGGGGAUGCUUCAAGAGAGAGAGUUGUAG